UUUUCCUGCCCUUUCCUUCCACAAACCCAUCGCAUCGUAUCUGCAAUCCCACGCCCAACUCCGAGUCCCUCCCCCAAAGCGCAGCCCAUCACCAGCACCUUCGCAACCACAUACAUUCAAAAUGGAUUCCGCUAAGCAGCCCGUCAAGCUUGUGAAGGUCACCCGCGUCCUGGGCCGUACCGGCUCUCGCGGUGGUGUCACCCAGGUCCGCGUCGAGUUCAUGGACGACCAGACCCGUUCCAUCAUCCGUAACGUCAAGGGACCCGUCCGCGAGGACGACAUCCUUUGCCUGCUCGAGUCUGAGCGUGAGGCCCGCAGACUGAGAUAAGAUGACGAUUAGCGGCGGCGGCGUGUGUUAUGGACAUUACGAGGAACGGAUCUUGGUUCUGAGGAUGGGACAGCAACAUUGCAAGGGCCUCGUCACCCGAGCCCACAGCUUUCGUGCUUAGAGGAGUCAAAAACGGAUUCUGCAUUACGAAUACAGCAAGGUUCUCUCACCAGCCGCGAAGCAACUUCGGCACGAACGAAACCUCGUGUACCUGCUUGUGUGAUGCGACGCUGGAGGGCGAGGGAAAGGCGUCUUGCGAGAAGUAAUCAUUAUCAAU